UUUUUAUCGAAAAAUUUAUUAACAUAACAAAAAAUGGCAAAUACUAUAAAUGCAGCGGGAACUGUCGGAUUUAUUAUUGCCCUCUGUGGUAGCGGAAUUCUCGGAACAAGUAUAGCAACAAUGUAUUGGCGAACUCCAGAAUUUCUUACGGGACAGAUACUAGCCACUGUCGUAGAAGUGAACUCUGGCUUAUUUCAAACGUGUACUGUUCUUGGAUGCACGGACAUAAGUUGGAGUACAGAUUCUGGUUUAACAUUGCUUGUGACGAGGUCUAUCCUGUUGAUUGCAUGCUUGCUGAUUGCAAUUGGAUUGAUUAUCGGUAUCGUAGCAAUAUGCGGGAAAACCGAUAUUACCUCUAAAGGAGCUUUGGACAUUGUUUCAGGUUUGUUUAUUCUUGCUGCGUGUGGGGCAUACACCGGAUUGACGAUUGGGUUUGAUGAAUACCUUCUCGGAGACGUAGGAUUCAACGAUUUCGGCUGGAGUUUUUAUUUAUGUUGGGCAGCAUCUGCAGUUUUCAUUAUUGCCGGGGCCUUUGAAGUGAACGGGAAGCAAAAAGCAACUGGACAAAGACAGAUUCAUCCAGCAGCGGACAUGCAACAACAAAUGAUAUGGGCAACGAAUAUGCAGCACCGUAACGGUACAGUUGUUCAACAAGUUCCCAGGCACCAAGUAGUCCAACUUCAAUAACAGUUGACGACCGCAUACAUGUCUUGAAAGAUUCAUUUCAUUGUGAAGUGAUAUUUCAAUAAGCCAAUACUAUUUAACACCAUAGUUACAAACAAU